GAGCAGCGUGCAAACCAAGCCAACGCUAUAAAUAAAAUACAUCGCAAUGAGUUCCAUUUUCGGUUUCGUCCUUUACCUUCUUGCUUCCCUUGCAUGUAACGUGGAUGGAGAAAAUAUUCUGUUCCUUCAUGCCUUUGGGUCGCGGAGUCACCGAAUUAGCAUGAUGCCACUGGCGAACGCCUUAGUUUCGCGGGGUCACAACAUAACCUACAUUGCCGCCGUACCUGCGGAAAACCCAAAUCCAAAAAUGGUUGACAUUAUACCCAAAGAUUUCACAGCGUUUAUUAAAAAUACCGUGCACACAUUGUUCGACGCGCGAAUACGAGCCAGUAAACAAGGACCCAUACCGAUGACCAAGUUUGCCAAGUUGUUCGCCCACAGUUGUUCAGUUUUGUUGACCAGCUCAGAGUUCCAAGCGUGGUUGCAGACUUCGCCGAAAAUCGAUUUGGUUGUGAUGGACCUUAUACCCGAUUGUGGGUUGGGAAUUGCACAUAAACUAAACGCUAAAGCCAUCGUGUACAGCACUCUGCCAAUGUACUCGAGAACAGUGGAAACUGUAAAAAUACCCCCAGAAGCGUUGACUCCGUACGGUGACCAUGUGUAUAAUGCGGGGAGGAUGACAUUUUUCGAUAAAAUUAAGCAAGUUCUAAUGCCACUACUUACUUUUUACUAUGAAUACGUACAUGCUCCCGCCUUUGAGUUGAUACUGCAGCAGGGUUUGAACAUCACAAAUAUGCCAACGCUUCAUGACCUGUACAACAACGUGAGUGUCGUCUUCAUGGCUGGGAAUUAUAUAACUGAACUGCCGCGAUCGCUCCCUCCCAUGUUCGUUGCCGUUCCUGGUUUGCAUUUGCAGGCGAAAUCGAACGCCCUGCCGAAGGAAAUCGAGGAAUUUAUUGAGAAUGAGGAUGGCUUCGUAUAUAUAAGCUUUGGCACCGUCGUGGUUGCCCACCAUUUACCCAUUCAUAUCCAAAAUGUUUUCAUGGACACGAUCAGAGCAUUUCCGAGAAUACAAUUUUUAUGGAGGUGGGAUGGCGAACUUCCUAAAAACAUGCCGGACAAUCUGUACAUGUCAAAAUGGUUCCCCCAGCAGGACGUGUUAGGUCAUCCGAAGAUUCGAGCUUUUAUAACACAAGCAGGUCGACCUAGCUUGCAGGAAGCGCUGGUAAAUGCGGUACCCAUGAUUACCCUUCCGUUUCAUGGUGAUCAAGACUUCAACGCAAUGCGACUUGACGAGAUCGGUGUUUCAAUUCCACUGGAAAUUUCAGAAAUAACCGAACAACAGCUGCAGAGUGCAUUGACUCGAGCCUUGUAUGACACCGAGUUUAGGAAAAAUGUUAAAAAGAUGUCCAAUAUUUUCACAGACUUGCCAAUGAAACCCAUCGACACUGCAGUUUGGUGGACUGAAUACGUCUUACGACACGAGGAUGUUUCAUACUUGAAACCAAUGGGGAGAAAUUUAACUUGGUAUGAAAGACGUCACUUGGACGUUUGGCUGGCUAUAUUAUUGACAAUAUUAAUUACAUUGUUGUGCAUUGCUGCGCUUUUAGUCUCGGUUUUCAGAUUUUUUAAAUCGGUCCUAAGCAUUGAGAAGCUUAAAACGUCAUAAAUAUGUAAGAACAUAUAUGUGGGACGUGAUACUCGAUAUGACAAAAAAAUAUUCUUGAAGUACUUGUUUAAGCUUCUUACUUAAAGUUGAAUGUUGAAUAUACAUGCCGUGUAUACGUUAAGAUAACCAGACUGAUGACUUUAAACUUUCUACAUGAAUAAUCUGUGAACAAGUCCCGAACAUUUUUUCAAACAUCUACAAUUACCAUUUGUAAGACAAGUUUCGCUUUCAUAAAGCAUUUUUUUGACCAGCACUACGAAACGAGUUUUCCUCAUACAUAAGUAUUUACGUAAAUCAUGAAGUACAAUUUUUUGAUGAAUUUCGUUUCAGAAAUACACUACUGUUUUAUAUAUACAUAUUUCCAUGUAAGCUGAACUGACAUUAGUUUAUUAGUAUAAGAACACAAAGAUAAAUUAGUAAGUAUCAAUAACGAAAAAUAAAUAUGUAUCUAUUUAUGUAUGUACAUAUGUAUGUAUGCAUGCGAGUAUUUGUAUUCGUGCUUAAUGUGCAUAUCUUCAAUCAUGAACCCAUCCAAUACGUCUUUAUUCACCGCACAAUUAGUAAAGUCCGUAUUAACUUUAACAGCGACAACUAAUGAGCCGAGUAUUAUGAAGUAAUCUUUGUUACUUCCUAUUAACAGAUUAACAGAAAACUAACAGUUAUUUAAAUGGUUUCUUAUGUUACUUGUGUGCAUGCACCCGUCAAUUGUCAAAUUAUCGUCUGUUAUACUAAUUGUAGAUAUCUCCAUUAUGUAAUGCAAGGUUUAGUAAUGGUGCUUAAUGAUAAUACACAACUUAAAGCUAGGUAUAUUUAUUUUCAAACAACUUCAUUCAACCAUUUCACUCAUUGCUUGUUAAAAUAUGUAAUAAAUUGGACAAUAUUUUAUUUUCGAGUUUGAUCAAUCAUUGGAUCUAAACUUUACCAACUUUUACGGACCUGGAAAUAUUGGGAUACUUUUACAAAUAUCUGUAUGCGACGUGAAUUAAUCAUGUCGUACUUUCCUCCCGUUAUCGGAAUCGGAAUCAAGUACCUGCAGAUUUUGGCAGUGCUGGUGAUUGUUGCCCUAACUGCAUGGAUGAUCUAUAUUACGUGAAAAACCUUGAUAAAGCGAGAUUAGAUAGACUAAGGAGGCUCAAGUUAUCGAAAUGCUUUGUCAGUUCAAUGAUUGUAAUUAGUUUAAAAAAAUAAAUAUUACUUAUUUGCAUUUAU